UGACAUGAGACUCCAGACCAUAGAUACUCCAGACAGAACAAUUUAAUUUGUCUAACCUUUAAAUAUUUAUACGCCUAACCUAACAAAUGUCUCUAAAUUAAAAAAAUAAUGUUUAUUCCAUUUUUUGGAACAAAAAUUACAAAUGGUAUACACUUUAUUCUGUUAAAGCGGAGAUGGGCACAUUGGACUAAUUUAGAAGGCAUAAAAGGUAUGAAAAUUACUUUCCUGAAGAGACUAUUACAUGAAGGUGAAACUAAAGAAUACAAACAUUUUGUACCAUUUUUUGAAGUCAUAAAGACAAGGCAAAAGCAGGCCAAACAAAGCAUUUUAGUUCAAGUUCAGUCUAAAAAGUCUUAUAAGGAAUUAGAGACUUAUUGUUCUCAGUAUGGUGCCAUUAAAGAAAUGUUUCAUUAUAAAGCUGGAAAAGAGCCUCUACAUUUUAUUUUGGUGGAAUUUCAAAAGGAAGCAUCUGUAAUGAAAGUUUUAAGGGACUGUGAACAUAUUCAAGAUUCACAAAUUGUUCCUGUUGAAUCAACUUUUUUGUGGUUUAGAGCUUCAAAAAAUAAUUCAGUUAAGAAGCAGACAAGUCAAUUGGUAUUAACAAUUGAAAAUGGGAAUUGUCCUUUAUCUGAAGAAAAUUUAAGGAGUAAAUUACAAGCAUGUGAUAGUAUUUCAGAACAAAUUGAAAUUUUAUAUGAAUCAACAAAGUUAAAUGACUUGGGAGUAAGAUUACGAUUUCUAAGUGCCAGGCAGAUUGAGGUAGCACUUUCUGGUAUAUUUCCAAGUGCUGUGGCUUUCCCGUUUGGUUCUUGUGUUAAUGGUUUCGGUAAAAUGAACUGUGACUUGGAUGUUGUCUUAAGAUUGACUAAGGAUAAAAUUUCAGAUGGUAAUCGAUUAAUCUAUCAUUGUAAAGCAUCUGGAACGUCAGAACGAUUGACAUCUCAAAGGCAUAUGGAAACAAUAGGGGAUUUCAUACAUUUAUUUUUGCCUGGCUGUUCUCAAGUUCGAAAGAUAUUGCAAGCAAGAGUGCCAAUUAUUAAAUAUUAUCAACAGCUCACCGAUGUAGAAUGUGACCUUUCAAUGGGUAAUAUGUCAGGAGUGUAUAUGUCAGAUUUGCUUCACAUUUGGGGUUCUACUGAUGCAAGAGUGAGGCCUUUAGUUUUUGUAGUCAGGAAAUGGGCUGAAGAAGUGGGCCUCACUAACAAUUUUCCUGGCAGAUGGAUAACGAAUUUUUCGUUAACUCUAAUGGUACUAGCUUUUUUACAGAAACCCAAGAAUUCUCCACCUAUUUUACCGUCACUUAAUACUUUAGUUAAACUAGCGGGAUCAAACGACAAAUAUAUUACAGAAGAUGGUACCGACUGUUCUUUUUUACGUGAUAUCAGAAAACUUAAAUUCAAAGCAGAAAAUAAUGAGGAUUUGGAGUCACUGCUGAUACAAUUUUUUGAAUAUUAUUCGACAUUCGAGUUCGACAAAAAAGCUAUUUGCUUAAAUCAAGCUACGCCAAUUACCAAACCUGAGCACAAUUCGUUAUACAUAGUAAACCCAUUGGAAAGAGGUCUUAAUGUUAGUAAGAAUGUGAGCCCAGAAGAAUUAGAACGAUUGAGAUUGGAAAUGCGGAAUGCUUUGUGGGCAAUUCAGUUAAAGGAGAAAAAGGCAGAUGGUUGGGGUAUCUUAUCCCUCUUUGAAAACAGAGGAAGGCAAUUUCCGUCGAUACUAAGUAAUAUUCCUGUUAAAUCACAUCAUACAAGGUUGAUGGAGAUCAGCAAACUUUUUGAAGAGGAACAUUUAGAUAUGGUACCAAAAGAAACUGAGUCUUUAAGGACAGAUAAUAGAACUGAAAUAGAAGGGUUUACUGCAACUAAAAUACGACAAGUGAAAACUACAACGACUGAAAAUGAAACAGACAGUAAUACAAACCAUGUACUAGUUCAUGUGAAUCAUAAAACGGGAAGUUAAUGAAUGCAAUUUGUAGAAAAGUGUGAAUAUGUAUAUCACUAUUAUUCCUAAGUAAAAAAUGUGCUAUUUUACACCCAAAAUCUUGUUUUUUUUUACGUUAUACAAUAAAACUGAUAAAUUUUGCAAAAACAAUAGUACAUUACUUUUGAAAAAGAACAUCCCAGUUUUUAAUGAACCAGACAAACUGGAGUUUAUUGUUUGCUAUUAACUUUUGAAAAUUAUACUUAUCAUUACAUUAUAUAAAUGCUAUUAAUCUUUAACUAAUAAAAUUCAU